AUGGUCGAUGAUCGUCACCACGGAUCGGCAGGAGACCGUGAAGACCCUGUGCGGCUACAACAGAAGAGAGUAGAAGGGAUGGAGAUAUCGUAUCUGAACCCGCAAAGGGUCUCGAUGAAGCUCGCAAGCUCGCAAGGACACCAAAAAAUGGGGAAGGGCAAGAUUGUCUGCGCUAAGAAGAUGGGGCUCCGAGAUCCUUCGGCCUUGCCCGAAGCCCUCCAAAAUGGACUGGAAAAGAGUCGAGCACGCAAAACUACCCACGUUGCAUUGGAAGACCGGAAAUAUUUUAGAAAUCUUACAGUGAGUGGUCAUUUCAUGAAUCUCACGCAAGUUGAAGCCAUCAUGGUCAUACUGUCGUGA